AGCUAGUUAUUUGUGGGGAGGCGCUGUAGCCAUUUCGCCACAUGAAAGCCCGAUGCGCUGAACGACCAACAUCCGAGUUGUUCGUGGAGAAGAGAAAUCAGCUUUGAGGAGCUCCGCGCGCGCACACGUACACGAAAUCGCGCGCAAAGACGCACGGCGCACAUACACGUACACUUCCUCCUCCUCCACUGUGGAAAAACAGAGAGAGGAACUCGAAACGCAAACUUCAACUCUCCCAUGUGGAAGGCAGGGAUUUGAGGAUAAGGUAUAUUUUUUUCCUCUCCCGGGCUCCAUUCCUUCCCCCUCUCUCCCUCUCUUUCUCUCACUUUAACUGUUUUUGGCCGGAUAGUUCUGUUUCUAUGAGAGUCUUGCUCGGCGAGAAGAGAAGUUUGGUUGUUUGCCUGGUCGGCUGAGGAGGAGGAGAAGAGUCGGGUUCUAAGUGGGGGAAGAUGGUCCGCAACGCCGCUUGGAGAAGAAGCUUGCUGUGCGUCCUGGCGCUCUGUCUCAGCUUUGCGUCCCCACCGUGCAAUGCUCGGAUUUACACCAACCACUGGGCAGUCAGGAUAGCCGGUGGACCCGAUGUAGCCGAGCGGAUAGCGGAUAAAUAUGGCUAUAGGAACAUGGGACAGAUUGGGGAUCUCAAAGACCACUAUCACUUCUUCCAUAGCCGGACCAUCAAGAGGUCGACUUUGUCCAGCCUUGGUCGCCAUAGUUUUAUUUCCAUGGAGCCCAAGGUGGAGUGGAUUCAGCAGCAGGUGGUGAAGAGGAGGAUCAAGAGGGAUUACAAGCCAGACCCACCCCCUUCCCUGACUAGCCCCGCCCACAGCUACCCGGCUCAGAACAACAUAUUCUAUAAUGACGCCAAGUGGAGCAGCAUGUGGUACAUUGUGAGUACACUGUAUACUGGGACCAGAGAAGUUCUUUCUCUCUCUUUGCACGACUACAGCACCAAAACAAGAAUAUCACAAGUUCAGAGGCAAAUGGAGCCCAAUAUAUUUUUGAGUCAUCACUGCUGUUUGUAUCUAUUCUUCUUUGUCUACAUUUGUGGGUCAAAGGUCAGCCGAGGGCAUAGCAUGAUACUGAUUACUGCAGGGUCAGUGGAGAUGAGGGAUUUGCGCGCGCGUGUGUGUGUGUCUGUUCAUUCUCGAUCUCUCCUCAGACACGGGACACGGUGUGCAGGCGAAGUUGCAGCAGCCGCAAACAACUCCCACUGCAUUGUGGGGAUUGCCUAUAAUGCUAGAAUAGGAGGUGUGCGAAUGCUGGAUGGCGAUGUAACGGAUAUGGUGGAGGCAAAGUCUCUGAGCCUCCAGCCGCAGCACAUUGACAUCUACAGCGCCAGCUGGGGACCUGAUGACGACGGAAAGACCGUGGAUGGACCAGCAUCUCUGGCCAGGCAGGCCUUCGAGAAUGGCAUCCGCAUGGGGAGGAAGGGUCGUGGCUCUAUUUUCGUGUGGGCUUCAGGAAACGGCGGGCGCAGCAGAGACCAUUGCUCCUGCGACGGCUACACCAACUCCAUCUACACCAUCUCCAUCUCCAGCACAGCUGAGAGCGGACGCAAGCCAUGGUACCUGGAGGAAUGCUCGUCCACACUGACCACCACCUACAGCAGCGGGGAGAACUACGACCGAAAGAUUAUCACAACAGACCUGAGACAUCGAUGUACAGACAGUCACACGGGGACGUCGGCCUCGGCUCCCAUGGCUGCUGCCAUUGUUGCUCUGGCACUGGAGGCAAAUCCUCUUCUAACAUGGAGAGAUGUUCAGCACAUAAUUGUAAAGACCUCAAGAGCCGGACAUCUCAGUGCCCCUGACUGGAAGACCAAUGCUGCUGGUUACAAUGUCAGCCAUCUUUACGGCUUUGGUCUGAUGGACGCUGAGGCGAUGGUGAAGGAGGCGGAGCGAUGGAAGCAAGUCCCUACUCAGCACGUCUGUGUGGAGAGCGCAGACCGACAAAUAAGAACUAUCCGUCCAGAGCAUGUGGUCCGGUCGGUGUACAAGGCAACGGGAUGCACCGACAACCCCAACCACCAUGUGAUCUACCUGGAGCACGUGGUCGUACGUAUUACAAUCACACACCCUCGCCGUGGGGACCUGUCAAUCAAUCUGACCUCACCCUCAGGGACCAAGUCUCAGCUGCUUGCCAACAGGUUGUUUGAUCACUCCAUGGAGGGUUUUAAGAACUGGGAGUUUAUGACCACCCACUGCUGGGGAGAGAAGGCAGCAGGCGACUGGGUCCUAGAGAUCUAUGAUUCACCUUCGCAACUCCGCAGCCAGAAAGUACCCGGCAAGCUUAAAGAGUGGUCACUGGUGCUGUACGGCACCUCUGCGCACCCGUACUCAUCUCUGCGCAGCGAUAAGCCCCGCUCCACAGACAUGCUGACGCCCACCGAAGAGGAGUUCAACGGCCCCUGUGACUCUGAAUGCAAUGAGAACGGCUGUGAAGGUCCUGGACCCAAUCACUGCAUCAACUGCCUCCACUACUUCCUCAAGUUCAAGAACAACACCAGGAUGUGUGUGUCGGAGUGCCCCAGUGGCUUUUUCCGUGAUGAUAGGAAGCGCUGCAAGAAGUGCUCCUCGUUGUGUGAGACCUGCGUUGGUAGCCGUAGCGACCAGUGCACCACAUGCAGGACUGGUUUCCACCUCAAUGAGGGCUCCAACACGUGUGGCGCCAACUGUGGCGACGGCUUCUACCUCGACCAUGAUUCCAACAUUUGCCGGAGAUGUCCAGAGAACUGUAAGAAGUGCACCACCUCCAACAUCUGCACAGAAUGUAAACCUGGGAUGAGUCUUCAAGGAAACAAGUGUCAGAUGACCUGUGACCCGGGGACUUAUUACAAUGGCCACAGACGGAAUUGUGAGCCCUGUCAUCGGGCCUGUGCCACCUGCGCAGGCACAGGUAUAGAGGCUUGCUCAAAGUGUGCAGAUGGCUACUUACUUGAGGACUGGCGGUGUGUGCUAACGUGCAGCACUGGCUACUACCUGUCAGAGCAGACCUCAGACAACGGGCAGGUGCAGAGGUCCUGUAAGAAGUGUGACCAUAGCUGCUACGAGUGCUCGGGGCCCGGUGAGCGGAACUGCAGCAGCUGUGUCAGUGGUUACAAUCUGGAGGCAGGAGCCUGUGUGGUCAGCACCAUCUGCAAAGAUGCAAAUGAAGAAUCUUGGGCGGAAGGCAGUUUCUGCGUGCUCGUUAAAAAGAACAAUCUUUGCCAGAGGAAAGUGCUGCAGCAACUGUGCUGCAGAACGUGCUCGCAAAAGGGUUGACAGGACGUACUUGAUGGGCGUAAAGGGAGUGCGGGGGGGGAUGUGGGGGCACAGGGGGCACCCCUCCUUCUCAACCCCCCCCUGCCCACUCAUUCACAGUCACAUAAUUUAUAAGAGAAUCUGUGCCUCUUAAAGGGACUGCAUCAGAGGUGCGAUGACAGGACUACAACAAACCUACCUUUUUUUCUGUACUGGGACACACACAUGUGGUCAGGGUGUAAAAUGACUGGGACUUAUUUCAAGAACAAACAAGCAAAUGAAAACAAACAAAAGAAUAAAAGUGUCGGUAUUUUGUGACCAAAGCAUCGAUGCCAAAAUAAUUGAACCUUCUUCUUUUUUUUUGCCAGUGUAGGAAGCAUAGUUUAAAACAGGAGCCACUCAGCCUGUGAAUCUCUGAAUACGUCUGUGUGCAUUUUUAUUUUGGCUCCUCUUCCUCCUCUCUUUCCAGUGUUAACGAUAAACAGAUGGAAAGUGAAUAUACAGUAGGAAAGGCCCUGGUUUUUCUGCCUGUAAAUAUACGUCAAAGAAAAAAAAAGAAGCUCACUCAGUAAUGUGAAAAUGAUGUCUGUCUGGGCUGACUUUGGCUGUGUAGAUGGAAGACAAAUUCACACACUCACAUACACACAAAGAAACAUAUGUACCACACACAUAGACUACUAAACAUGAACUCAGACACAUAAAUCAACCACCACUUAAAGUUAGAUACUACAGUGUCACCGUAUUUCAAGACUGAUGCACGUUACUAACCAAAAUUACCUAAUUUCAUUUAUUGAAAAACAUAAACCUGCCCUGAAUAGUGUGUGUGUGUGUGUGUGUGUGUGUGUGUGUGUGUGUG